AUGACACUAAGCCUUUUUGACCAAUUUUCUAGCCCUUCAUUCCUCGGAAUCCCAAUAAUUUUAAUAGCUUUAGCUUUGCCCUGACUAUUAAUCCCCACGCCCACUUCCCGAUGACUAAGCAAUCGAGUUGUAUCUCUACAAGGAUGAUUUAUCGCCCGCUUUACUAACCAACUCUUUCUACCCCUAAAUGUAGGAGGACACAAAUGAGCCCCUCUUCUUGCCUCACUAAUAAUGUUUUUACUCACUCUAAAUAUGUUAGGUUUAUUACCAUACAUUUUCACCCCUACAACACAACUUUCUCUUAAUUUAGGUUUAGCUGUUCCCCUCUGAUUAGCAACUGUCCUUAUCGGUAUACGAAAUCAGCCAACUCAUGCACUAGGCCACUUCCUCCCAGAAGGCACCCCCACAGCCUUAAUUCCUAUUCUAAUUAUUAUCGAAACAAUUAGUCUAUUCAUUCGCCCUCUCGCUUUAGGCGUUCGGCUUACAGCUAAUCUCACAGCAGGUCAUUUACUGAUUCAUCUAAUUUCCUCAGCAGUGUUUGUUCUCAUACCAAUAAUACCUGCAGUUGCUAUUCUUACAGCAGUUCUCCUUCUACUACUCACUAUGCUUGAAGUAGCCGUUGCAAUAAUUCAAGCCUACGUAUUUAUUCUUUUACUAAGCCUUUAUUUACAAGAAAACGUUUAA